AUGGAGGACCAUAACGCAGAUUGUCAGGGGAUGGAGGAGACCUUAGUGGACUUCAGAGAAACCAGUACCGACCAGCUGUCCAACAACAACAGACCCACCUGGUCAAAUGGCCAGUGUGUCGUGGCGAUGCGGAGCAGCUCGACCUUUAACCCCACUUUUGAUCUGUCUCUGUGUCGCACCAAACUACAGAGGGAGGGUUUUGAGAUUCCAGUCAGGGACAUGGAGGUUCCUUUGAAAAAAGCCCUGGAUGUUCCCUCAGUCAGAAGAUUCAUGGUUUUCAACAUGGGUUUUUUCCACUUCUUAAUGGCACCGGUGAUGUAUGUGGUGGUGUGGUGUGCCGUCUUCUCCACCUUCCACCUCUACAUCGGUAUCAGUGACCUCUGGGUCCUUUGUCUCUCCGUCAGCCUGGUCUCCAUCCUCCUCACCACGGCCCUCAUCUUCAUCCUUCAUCACAGCAACAAGGAGAUCAACAUCAACGUGGACGUUCGGUUGGUCCAGGUCAAUGAGAUGCUGGUGAAACACAAGCUGCUGGUCGGGGUGGCCGACUGGGUGAAAAACUGCUCCGGACACACGCAGUUGUACUUUGUGUACUGGGACAUGUCCCGCUGUUUGAGGACACUGACUGAAUCUUUAGAGGAAAGAUGCUUCAUGACGCCUGAAACUCAGAACAAACUGAAAAGCAGGAUGUCACAUCUCGUCUUGGUGAUCGAGGUCUGUCCUGUUGACCCCGAGGACAUCGAUCACGGGGGCUCAGGUGCUGAACAAGACCUGGACGAAGGCAGGCCUCUGCUGAGAAGUGAGGACACGAGGUCCUCCAACCAGCCAGGGGGCGCUACAGUCACCUCGAGCUUCAGCCUGGUCCCUGAAGCUUCUUUACCUGCUCAGGCCAAAGCGCACCAACUUCUGAUGACGUACAGCGCAGCGUACGUGAAACUGCUGAUGUCCGAGAGGCUGUCAGGACCGUCCAACUGCCGCCUGCGUGCCCGCAAGAACCACUGCACCACCGGCCCCAUCUGCCUUUGCCAAUACACCAAAAUUAAAACCCUUCUAUGA